GCCGUUUGAAAAAUAGGCCGAUUUUUCAAAUAUGGCUUACAUGUCUUGUCUAAAUCGGAUAAGCAGUUUUUAUUGAUUUCAAGUUCAUAUAUUGUGAUAACGAUACCAGAAACGGUUUUUUAUUUAUUAAUUUUUACAUUUUAACGUGGAGUGACUAACUGUAUCGAUUUUAGUGUAAUCUGGUUUAAGUGUGUAAUGUUUUUUUGUCUACGUUAGCUUGUUCUAGUUUGUCCGUUAUAUUGAAUUGAAGCAUGGAAGACGAAGAGUACAAGAAGCUCCCCAUUGAAGAACGUUGCGUCCACAAGCUAUGGCAAGCCCGGAAGAACGGCUAUGAAGAAGUGGCGAAGCUCUUCCGUCAAAUCGACGAUGACAAGUCGCCCGAAUUUGGUAAAUACCUCGGUCUGGUUAAGAAGUUUGUGUUGGAUAGCCAUGCCGUGGGUCAGGAAAAGGGCCUGGAAGCCACUUUGGCCUUCGUCGAGAACUACGCCCAUGCGGGGAAAACAGUCGGUGAGGUUAUGUCAGGAGUUGUGACCAAGUGCAUCGCAGCCCCCAAGAACCGUACUAAAGAACUCGCCGUACAAGUCAUACUCAUGUACAUUGAAAUCGAGAAGGGGGAAGUCGUCCAGGAGGAGCUGCUCAAGGGCAUGGAGCAGAAGAACCCCAAAAUCGUGGUUGCUUGCAUCAGUGCUUUUACUGUAGCUUUGAGGGAGUUUGGGACGAAGAUAAUCAAUGUCAAGCCUUUAGUUAAGAAAAUACCCGACUUGUUCUCCGAUAGAGAGAAAGCUGUGAGAGAUGAGGCGAGACUGAUGACCAUUGAGAUCUACAGGUGGAUUGGGAACGCCCUUAGGCCACAAUUAAAUAGUUUGAAACCCGUCCAGAUUUCCGAACUUGAGGCAGAGUUUGCAAAAAUCGAUGGCCAAAAGGCUGUUCCACAGAGGUACAUAAGGUCACAGCAGCAGAAACAAGCGGUUCCGGCAGGAGAUGCAGAGGAAAUAGAUGCCGGUGAGUCUGAGGAUGUUCCCGACGACGACGAAUCGCCCGAUAUGGACCCCUACGAGCUAGCAGACCCGGUUGACAUCCUCUCAAAGCUCCCUAAAGACUUUUACGAAAAAAUCGAAGCAAAAAAAUGGCAAGAACGUAAAGAAGCUCUCGAAAUAUUAGAAAAACUAGUCCAAACUCCAAAACUACAAAGCGGUGACUAUGGCGAUUUGGUAAGAGCUUUGAAGAAAAUGAUUGAAAAAGACAGCAAUGUGGUGGUUGUGGCUUUGGCGGGCCGUUGUUUGGCUGCAAUCGCUGGUGGUUUGAAGAAACGGUUUCAGCCCUAUGCCGGGGCUUGUGUUCCUUCACUUUUGGAAAAAUUCAAAGAGAAGAAACAGAAUGUUGUUAUUGCAAUUAAAGAGGCCAUAGAUGUGAUUUAUUUGACGACGAGUUUGGAGGCGAUUCUGGAAGAUGUGAUUGAAGCUUUAGGAAACAAAAAUCCGUCUGUUAAAGCUGAAACGUCGUACUUUUUGGCGAGGGCUUUCACAAAGACGCAACCCAGUGUUAUUAAUAAGAAGAUGUUGAAGGCGCUGUCUACGCCACUGCUUAAGAAUAUAAACGAGUCAGAUCCUACUGUUCGCGACUCUGCAGCCGAGGCAUUGGGAAUUUUGAUGAAACUCGUGGGCGAGAAAGCAAUCGGCCCGUUUUUAGUCGAACUCGAAAAAGACACAUUAAAAAUGACAAAAAUCAAAGAAUGUUGCGAGAAAGCUGUAAUCACGGUUAAAAUAGCAGCUGUAAAAAAAGAACGACCUACAACAGCACCUACUAAAACUGCAGCACCUUCAAAACCGGUCAAAGCAGCCCCUACACCUAAAUCAGCACCGACAAAACCAACAAGUGCCCCAAAGAAAAAAGCUCCAGCUAUAAAUUCGGCAACUGUCGUACGUCCCAAAGGCAAAAAUGCGGCCAAAAAAACAGCGAUUGAGAAAGAAUUAAGUGAUGAACAAGUGGACGAACUCGUCAGUUUUAUUCCAACGGAUGUUAUCAACCAAAUGUCUGAUGCGUCGUAUAAGAUUCGUUUGGCGGCUGUGAAACAGUAUUUCGAUGCGAUUAAAGCUUUGGGCCCGGAUAUCCCGACUCAAGCCUUGGUUAAAUGUUUGAGUCGAAAGCCCGGUUUGAAAGAUACGAACUUCCAAGUACUUCAAUCUCGAAUUGAGAUUGUUAAGUAUCUCGCGGAGAAUUCGACUUUUUCAGCCACGACAGCAAACAUUUGUAUUAACGACAUCAUCGAUAAAUUCGGCGAUGCGAAAAAUGGGGCCCUUGUACGUGAAACAGUCUCGGCAAUAGCCGAAGCUACGAGCUUGUCUUUCGUUUCGUCAAUCGUCGUAGAAUCGGCCCUCAAUCAGAAAAACCCCAAAGUCACAAUCGAAUCACUUGCCUGGCUUUCGGACGCGAUCAAAGAGUUCGGUUUUAAUGAUCUUAACACGAAAGUUUUGAUCGAAAGUGGGAAAAAAUGUCUCGCUUCGAGUAAUCCCGGUGUGAGACAAGCUGCUAUUACUUUUUGUGGAGUACUUUACUUGUACAUCCAGAACCCGUUAUACACUUACUUUGAGAAUGAAAAAGCUGCGUUACGUGACCAAAUCACGGUCGAAUUUGAGAAAUAUCAAGGUGUUAAACCUCCAACUCCCACUCGAGGCAUUGCGAAGUGUUCGAGUAGUAACAGUUUGGAUAACUUGGACGAUAAUAACGAAACUGAAGAGGAAACCACAGCCAAAAACAUGCAAGACUUGCUCCCAAGGGUUGAUAUAAGCGCACAAAUAACCGAAUCACUUCUCAAUGAUCUCGAAGACAAGAACUGGAAAGUGCGAACGGAAACACUCACUAAAAUCCAACAAAUCAUUCAAGAUGCCAAGUUUAUUAAACCAAAUUUGGGGGAUUUACCCCAAAGUUUGAACCGACGAAUGGCUGAUAGUAACAAACAAGUGGCACAAACGGCCCUCAAUAUCUGCGAAAUGAUUGCAAAAUCAAUGGGGGCUCCGUCAAAACAAUACAUUAAGGUGUUCUUCCCCAUGUUUUUGAGGAGCCUGGGGGAUAUUAAGCCCCAGAUGAGGACUGCAGCCAAGGAUGCGAUCAACGCCUAUGUCGAACAGUGCGGUUAUAAGGAGUUUUUCGAAAACGAGAUGAUUUUUGAUGGGUUAAAGUCAGGGACGCCGCAAUUGAAAGUCGAAUUGUGGGAUUGGUUGGCUGAGAUUUUACCCAAAAUUCCUGUGAAGAGUAUUCCAAAGGAAGAGUUGGUUGUGUGUAUACCGCUUUUGUACAGUCAUCUCGAGGAUCGACUGCAUGAUAUUAGGGCUAAUUCUCAGAAAGCUAUUUUAGGUAUUAUGAUACAUGUGGGGUAUGAGACUAUGCUCAAACAAAUCGAAAAAUUGAAGCCCGGGUCACAAUUAGACGUUCGGAAAAAAUUAGAUAAUGAAAGAGCAAACUUACCGAUGCAACCUGCACCUAAAAAAACAGUGGAAAAGGAAGAAAAGGUUGUUAGAGGAACCAAACCUGUGGCAAAUUCGAAAAAUGCAGUCAAACCGAAGGGAGCUGCAUCAACCACCAAAGUUACAACAAAUAAGAAAAAGGACGAAGACAUCGACACCUCACCACUUAUGGUUGUUAACAAUAUGAAACAUCAAAGAACCAUCGAUGAGUCGAAAUUAAAAGUCUUGAAAUGGAAUUUUACGACACCUCGUGAGGAGUUUGUUGAAUUGUUGAGGGAUCAAAUGACGGCAGCGAACGUUAACAAAACUUUGAUUUCUAACAUGUUUCAUAACGAUUUUGGAUAUCAUAUCAAAGCUUUGGACUCGUUGAUGGAAGAUUUGAAUGAUAAUUCGGCCGCUUUGAUCGCCAAUCUCGACUUGAUAUUGAAAUGGCUUACUUUGAGAUUUUUCGAUACGAAUCCUUCGGUUGUUUUCAAAGGUUUGGAGUAUUUACAUUCCGUGUUCAACGUCUUGAUCGAAUCAAAUUAUCGCCUAUUGGAGAAUGAAGCCUCGGCGUUUCUGCCAUAUUUAGUCAUAAAGAUCGGUGAUGCAAAAUUUUGUAGCGGCGUUCGUUCAUUAUUAAAACAAGUGUGUCACGUGUAUCCCGUUGCUCGUUUAUUUACCUACAUUAUGGAAGGCGUUAAGUCGAAAAAUGCCCGUCAAAGGGCCGAAUGUUUGGAAGCCAUGGGUUCGAUUAUACAAGACCAUGGUAUCGGUGUUUGUGGCUCUUCUCCAGCUGUUGUGUUAAAAGAAGUCGCCAAACAAAUCUCCGACAAAGACAAGUCGGUCCGAAAUGCCGCCCUUAAUUGCAUGGUGGAAGCCUAUCACAUUCUUGGCGAUAAAGUCUACAAAAUGAUCGGAAAUAUUUUGGGUAAAGAUUUGGCUUUGUUGGAAGGCCGUAUCAAGCACUCGAAACGUCCAGUAAAACCGGUGGAAAUAAUUCCACAGAUUAAAGAACAGGAAAUUGUCAGUGUUGAAGACAAUGAACCGGAACCGAACGAAGAAGAAGACGAAGAUCAAUUACCACCCGUGGUAAUGCCACCGAAAACAGUUCGGGAAAUCCACGAACCGACUGGACCGUUCACUCUGGAUACGGAAUUAUUAGAAAAACUUGAUAAACUUCUCGCUCCGGUUCAUUUGACCGAAGCGAAGACAUUCGAUUUGGAUUUCCUCAAAGAUGAUGUUAACAUUCCGACUUUAUCGGCGGCCGAUAUUAGGGCAAAGAUUAUGCCUUUGUCUCCCCCCAAGCCGCUCGAUCCAGUUAUUCCAAUUUCCUCCUUGGGUGGUUUACAACAAAAGAAUGCGAAAAAGCAAGACCCUGUUUUGAGUUACCUUCAACAAAUCACAUCCCCUGACCUGAAUAUCGCCCUUAAAGGGUUGCAACAAAUCAUUGAUUAUUUUCAGCACGCUUCGCACAAAGACAUGGAACAUGAGGAUGAUUUCGUGAGGGCGAUUAUUGUCCAGUUGAAGUAUUUGAGGAAUCAGGAACCGGUCGAAGAUUCGGAAAUUCCGAAAAUAUAUCGAUGUAUUCUGACGUCCAUUGAUGCGUUUUAUCGCAAAGGUGUGCGUAAGCAAGUCUCGACUGAAAGUCUUAAGGAGAUUGUUGAUCAGCUUAUCCACGUUCUUGUCUCUCGCAAGUUGGAAAACUGUGCCGACGGUGAUGCCUACAUCCGAGUCAUUAAUUUACAUUGCGUGAAAAUCAUCGAAAAGUCCGACCAUACGCGAAUUAUUUGUGCGUUGAUUAAAUUAAUACAUGAGUGUAUACGAAAUGAUAGCCCUGAUCGCCACACUGAACUAGUUAUGAAAUGUCUGUGGCGUGUGAUUAAAUUAAUGCCUGAUUGGGGCGAAGAACUGGACUAUGAUUCAGUCCUACUUGAACUCCAUAAUUUCCUCAAAGAAUUCCCCUCAACUUGGUGGAAAAACAAACCAGUGGAUACCACUCUACGUACUAUAAAAACCAUCCUACAUUCCUCCGUUAAAAUCAAAGGAGGGUCAAUUGUGUGCCACUUCGGUAAAAUCCCAAAUCCUAGCGAAUCAGAAAUUGAGUCGUACAUCUUGAAACUAUUAAAAAGUAUGAAACUGGAAGCAGUCCAGCAACCCCCUCCACAACCACAACGCAUCUCAUUUUCGCGAGCUACGCAUACCAUGCUGACCGAGAUUUUCCAGAAAAUCGGCAAUAAAGAUGCGACUAAAGAAGGCCUCAAUUUACUGUACGAUUUCAUGCAGCAACACCCCGAAGCUGACAUUGAGCCAUUCCUGAAGAAAUCUUCCAAGUUUUUCCAGGAUUAUAUCCAGAACGGGUUGCAGGAAAUUGAAAAGUCGCGGAAAACGACUAGGGAAAAGGUUGAGGAGAAGGUUGCCGAAGCGAUAACAGGGUCUGUGGAGGCGGAGGAAAACAGGGGGCCUGAAUAUUGGGAGAAAAGACUGCAGGCGUGGAAGAAAAUUGUCGAUGAUAAGGACGUUGGAGAUCAGUAGUGUAAACAAUAAACUUAAAUUCAGUCACGUUUUAUUACCGACGAAUAACGAGUCGGGCUAGACUAGUUUUUAAACUGAAUUUUGUUGAUUUGUUAAGACUAAUGAUGUAACGCAUUAUUUAUUUUUAUGUAGAUAACUUAAUGUACUUUUUUCUUAUUAUUUUUUUACCGUAUAUUAACGUUAAUGAAUCUCUCUAAUUACCA